AUGGGGGACAUCAGUCAGGCAGCGACAGCUUCGUUGCUACAAAUAGAUAAAAAUAACACGUUGACUGACUGGUUCAACCUCCAUCGCCAACUCUAUAUCGAUUGGGUACGAGACAACCCAAAAAUAAUUGGUGGACCUGGUCGAAUUGUCCAGAUUGAUGAGACUCUGGUGUCCAGUAACAAAAGGACAAGGAAUGGAAGGGCCAGGCCAUUUCGGCAGCGUUGGGUUUUUGGCGGCAUAGAUAAUGUUUCCAAAGAAGCCUUCUUAGAAGAGGUGGCUCAACCCACGACAAUAUGGUCUGACAAGUGGGCCGCUUAUGCGAACAUUCCCAGAGUUACGGGACUGGCACAUGACACUGUCAACAGUGAUGACAAAUCAACUCAUUAUUUACAGUAA